CGACCUAUUUUUUAGUGACUGCUCUUACUUGUUUUGACUUUUGACAGCUGUCGAUUUUUUGAGAUGUGAGGACUUCGUUGCUCAAGCUGCAAGCCCCAAUAUACAAGACGACGAUGAGAUUGUUAGUGCCCUAUUUGCUCUGCUUUGUUGCAAUAGCGCUAUUUGCCCAACAUGGAGAAGUAGAGGCAAUGUUCCCUCUUUCGGUGAAACAGCUAGUGGGCAUUGGUGGUUGUGUUGCGUGUGCGUAUGGAGCUGCUUGUGUCAAGGUGGUCACAUCGGGUGAUGAAUGUUUGAUCGAGAGGCUGGGCAAGUAUCACAGAAAGCUUGAUCCUGGCUGGCAUUGGAUUGCACGGCCCUUUGAAGCAGAGAGUUUUCAUGUCACAACGAGGGAGCAAGUCAUGGAUGUACCGCCCCAACAAUGCUAUACGGUAGACAAUGCGCCGCUUCACGCCGAUGCUGUCGUUUACAUGAGGAUCAUUGACUCGGUCAAAGCUCGAUAUGCUGUGAGGGAAGUUCGGGAAGCAAUUAUGAACCUCUGCCUCACACAGCUUCGAGAAGAAGUUGGAAAGCUCACCCUAGACGAAACGUUUUCUUCGCGGGAUCGCAUCAACAAAGCCCUUUUAUACAACCUUAACGGCGUUUGUCAGGAAUGGGGAGUUCAGAUUACUCGCAUCGAGAUACAAGAUCUCCAGCCAUCAAGGGAUAUUCUAGCGGCGAUGGAAUCGCAAAUAUCUGCUGCUCGAAAGAAACGUGCUGCCAUUCUGCUAUCGGAGGGAGAAAGAACCACCUUGGCUAACGAGGCGGAUGGUAGAGCAUCUGCUCUAGUCGCUGAUGCUGAAGCGAAGAGCAAGUCCAUGGUAUUGCUAGCCAAGGCGCAGGCAGAAAAGAUGAAAUUGGAAUCAGAAGGGCUCCAGGUGGCAAUAGCUCAAAUAUCAGCAUCAAUCCAAGGUUCUGCUGAUAAUCAGGCAGUACAGGGAGCCAUCCAACUUUUAGUAUUCAUGCGCUACCUUGACACACAGGCCAAGUUUGCUUCUACCAACUCCACAAAGGUUCUCAUGUUCCCCACCAAAGACAGCCUACCUCUGACAUACCCUGGGUUAGAAAGUUUGCUCAAGUAAUUUUUGGCGGCACCAAUCUUGUUGGAUGGUCGUGUUCAUUACAUUUAUUUCUCUACUCUAGGCAUGUAGACCGUACUACAAAAUACGUCUUAUGAAAUUUUUAGUGGAGGUAUCCCAAAAUCUGCGGGCUAG